AUGCAACGAGUCAAGAACAUCGACUACGAUGAGGACGAGCUGUACGAUGACGGCGACUACGAGGAGCAAGACGAAGGAUACACGGAAGAGGAUCGCAACCAAUUCGCGGUCUUGACACCUGUAGUGCGAGUGGAGCUAGAAGAGGCAGGACUUCAGGCUUCGGACAGAGAAAUCGAGGACGCCCUAUGGAAUUACUAUUGGGAUGUUGGAAAGAGUGUCACGUUUCUCAAGAACAACCGCAAGCCAAAGACACAACCGCAGCAGUCUGCGAAGAAAGAGAAGCCGAAGAGCAAAUUUGAUGAGGCGGCUGAGAAGAGUGCACAAGAAUCAGACCUGGAUCGUGCUGCAACAGCCUCCGACUGGUUUCGAGAUGUGGCCUGGACCAUGCCAUUGCAGAAGCAGGCCUCGCUUGUUCCGAGCAAUCACCUACCACGACAAAUGAUGCUCGGAGGCUCUUCAAAACUUGCCAAGCUGGCAGAAGAGCGGCGCAAGAAAGGCGCUGCUUCUUCUAGUGCCGCGAACAGUACAAGUUCCUUGAGCUCACUGGAUAGGCUCUCGAAGGCGAAGACUACGAUCGAGAACGAGAAGCCUGCUGCAGAUGCGCCUCCUGAACUACGCAGGUAUGCAAUCAGAAGGAAGCGCGAGCCUACUCCCCCACCACGAGAGCCAACACCGCCGCUAGCUGAGCCCGAGGAGGAGAAGCCCGAUAUCAGAGCUUCGCCGACGGAAUUUGCACGCACGUUGGCAACGAGCUUGCCUGGCGGACAUAGACCAAAUAUGUCUCUAUCCGAGGUUCUUGGUGCAGAGGCAGCGGACGAUCCAUUCAAAGUACCGUCACCGGACGACACUGUUCGCCAAGCACAGCAGACCAGCAAAGGAUUGAUGAGAUGA